AUGGAUCGAUGGACAUGGUAUCAGCCAGGAGAAAACUUAGAAGACCUUUUAUGUCAAGCAGGGCACGUUGGUAUCUACGACGGUGAUCUCAAACAUACUGCAUUCGAGCAAGGGACUGCUUCAUUGACGUUGCAUCGCAUAAUAUGGGCUGAUUCAAGCGAUCCUGACCGUCGGCUUAUCCUUCACCACUCUCUGGUGAAAUCCAUCGAGAAGCAUCACAAGUCGAUGUUCAGUCGUGGAGGAAAAAUAAUUGUCCGCCUUGAACCAGCACCAGCGAAUAGCGUUGGACCACAGAGAUCGAGUCCUUUCAACUACAUUCGUCUGGUGUUUCGAGCUGGUGGAGAAGAAGAUUUUCAUAAAAAAUAUGAGGAAGCCUUGAAACGAAAAACAUGGCAACGUUCAAGUUCAGGAUCAAGCUCGGGCGGAUCGAGGACUAGCCAAGGCAUCCAAAUGCGACCUGUGGGUAUCGCCGGCCUCGAAAAGCGUUUGGCUGAAAAUCACCAACGAACACAUGAGACCAUCAGUCAGGCAUUUGAAGAUAUGUCGCGGCUGAUGGAAACAGCUCGAGAUAUGGUCAAUCUUUCAAAAAGUAUCUCUGAGAAAUUACGUUCUCGAAGAGGAGAAAUCACAGAAGACGAGACGAUUGCCUUUAAAUCAUAUCUAUUGUCUCUUGGUGUCUCUGAUCCGGUAACCAAAUCAGUUUACGGAAGUGGUGCGGUUUACUUUGAGAAACUCGGAGAGGAACUACGUACAAUACUACUUGAACCAUUAAAGGAGUGUGGAGGAAUGAUGACUUUGCCGGAGGUCUUCUGCAGAGUGAAUCGUGCACGAGGUUUAGAGCUGCUUUCACCAGAGGAUCUUCUUAAUGCCUGUCAAGCACUGAGCAGGCGAGAAGAUUCGCCAAUGGAAUUACAUCGUUUCGCCACUGGAGUUAUAGUGUUGCAAUUGAAAACGGCGUCUAUAGAGAGUAUGGUGGAGGCUACUGCCGAUUAUGUAAAACUGAAUGGAAGCGCGACUGCAAGUGAACUAGCUGCAAGUCAUGGCAUUACGGUUAUAUUGGCCAAAGAACGGUUACUGGCUGCUGAGGAACAGGCAAAGCUCUGUCGUGAUGAUUCUACGGAAGGUUUGAAGUUCUAUCCGAAUCGUUUUCUCAUUGAUGUGUAG